UCGGCACGACACGUCGUUUCGGUUGAACCCUUCGAAUGAACAAAAUAUUGGCGAGAUGAUGAAAUCCGCCAUUUUCAAAACCUCGCGCUUGUGAAUCAGAACUCGGCGAAGAGCAUGAUAGCAGUAUGAAUUCCCGAGAGCCGGGCGUGGGAAGCAACGAUUUUUCUUCGUCUCCGUCAUUGGCAUUUUCGUCUGUUCCAGAUUGGGGCGAGCCAUUGACGGAGCAGGAGCUGGAAGCCAUUGACGCAAUUGAAGCUACAUUUCUGUCCGCGUCGACUCCCUCCGCUUCCUCUGCGAUUAAGGAACAAGAUUCGAGUGCCCAAGAUGAUCAAGCCAGCAAAAGACCUUGCCGACGACUGCCAAGCUCCAUGCUCGAUCUCUUUACACCAUUUCCCCUGUCUCCUUGUAAAGCUGAUGUAAAAAUGAGGUAUCCUGCAAUCAAAUUUGGAGGUCGAAUUUCUUACACUAGAACCUCAGUGGAGGUGGAAAAGGCCGCAAGGGAGCUUCUUCGCAGCCUUGAAGCUAAAAGGGGAGAAAGUGAUCUUGUUGCUGUUGGGUUUGAUAUAGAGUGGAAGCCAACAUUCAGAAAAGGUGUUCCGCCUGGCAAGGCUGCUGUUAUGCAGUUGUGUGCAGAUAUUGGCCAAUGCUAUGUGAUGCACAUAUUUCAUUCCGGAAUCCCUCCGAGCCUGCGGCUUCUUCUACAAGAUUCUACACUUGUAAAAGUUGGAGUUGGGAUUGACAACGAUUGCGUGAAGGUUUUUAAAGAUUAUAAUGUCUCUGUUCUAGGUGUAGGGGAUCUUUCAUGUCUAGCUAAUCAAAAGCUUGGUGGAGAACCCAGAAAUUGGAGUCUUAAAGCUUUAACUGAGAUGCUUGUUUCUAAAGAGCUUCCGAAACCGAACAAGAUCAGACUUGGGAACUGGGAAGUUAAAUCUCUAUCAAAGCAGCAACUACAGUAUGCAGCUACAGAUGCUUUUGCUUCUUGGCAACUCCACCAGGUCCUGAAAGAGCUUGCCGACACAGAUAAUUCUCUACGUAAUGAAACAAGUGAGGAAGUGAAAGCAGCUGUGCCACCAAGAGUUUCAUACCCGUAGGCCAGAGUUUAUCAUCUGGAAGGCAAGUCAACGCCAAUACAAUCGAUCCCACCACAGACUGACAAUCAACUCAGGCCCUGGACUUUUCCUUGUCCUAUGGCAGACAAGGACUAUAGUUUAUAGCCUCGGCAGUCAGAAACCUCAUUGUCUUCUGGUCCAUCUAAUCAAAGCCUAAAGUCCCCACUGAUAAAUUAUUGAGUCCAAUUCCUAUCUGGACAUCAGAAUGGGAAAAGACAGAUAUCCAAAACGUAGUUUAGUUAUCAAGUCUUCUGUAUGUACCCUGUAACUUUGUUUGCGUUCUUGUGCUUCAAUCUUCUUCCUGUUCCCACCUCACUUUAAUGACUUGAGGGCCAGCUAUCCUUUCCGUACCAAGUUGUGCCCUUUUAAGUAGGUAAUGGGAAAUUUGAUUCCGGGCCAUGCUUUAUUGCGAGAUGCCAUAGCCAAAGUACUGGUUUGAUGGUGGGGAUUUCGUUUCAUGGAUUGAUGGUGGACAAUGGACUCCGGUUGUGAUUUUGGUCUUAUGUAAAUGUUGGAAUCCAUAGAAUUCUAAAUCUAUGGAGAAUUCUAAAUCCACCACUCGUGAAACCACCCGUUACCAAAAUUGGAGUGCCCUAAUGACUUUUCUUUCAGGGCACUGAGCUCACCAGAUCAUGCAAUAACAGCAAAGGAUAUAUUCUGCAGAGAUCAUCAUGAUUCAUGAACCAAGUGGUGAAAUUGCAGAGUAUCCUGGUGGGGUGCAAGUGUGUUACAGAAUACAGAAAGGGGGCAUCAGCCAAACAGCUCACAUGGUCAGCACAUGGGCUCAAGCUUUAAAGAGUGGCCAACCAACCAUAGAAACAUAAUACCAGGCUACCAGUACUGGUUAUCAGUUUGAAAAAGGAGGAAAAGGAAAGGGGGAACAAAGACCCUCUCUUUCUCUUGCUGUCCCAACUUCCUCUUGUUGGCCAUGCAAUGCAGUAACACCAAGAAAGGAAGAAGCAAUUCAUUCACCAAAUGAUUGAUUGAGAAAUCAUGUCACUCCCAUUUCCCCCUCUUUUUCCACCUUCCACAGUGGAAAAGGGUGGCAGCAGGAGCAAAUCUGCAGAGUCUAACAAAAGGUGUCAGAUGGGUUAGGUGUAAAAAAGGGUGGGGAAAAGGAGGAAAAGGGUUGGUUGGGAUGCUUCUUGGAGGUUGUUUGUUUCAUGUUUCUUGUCUCUUCUUCUCCUUUUCAUUUACUGAUCUAUCUACCUGCUGCAAUGAUGUCCAGUCCUUAAACAUUAGGCAAGGGAACAAGCACAAUAAACGAUUAAAAGAAGGGGAUUUGGUUUGGAGCACUGUUUUGCUGUGUAGGGUUUACUUAUUACCAACUCAGAACUGGUACAGAAACUUAAAUUUGCAGGACUGUUUAUGGCCAUGAAACUCUCAGUACUUUUCCUGAGAAGGUUGCUGCUGACUUGCAUGUCCUAGCUUAUGAAACCCGUGAAAAUACCAGUGCUUGUAAGUUGUAAUGAUUGAUUGUAAAUUCAUGCAUGCUUGUUUCAUGCUUAAUCCGAAGUUGCAGACAAAUUCAUGAUACAUAAGGAGAGAACAGGCUGAUAAGAUGAUCGUACAAUCAUUCUUUCGCGCACCAAGCGUUCCAUGUAUUGUUGAAUAAACGUGGUGACAAUUUUAUAAAUAUAAUGUCUCAACGGGCCCACUCGUAAGCCGAGGACCGCUAUCAACUUUUCAUUGAUGAGACAUUUGCUCACUCCAAAUGUUAGAGGCGGCGAGGAUGACUUUCUUUCGUUCAAAUAUCUGGUCUCUUUAUAAUUAGAUCAAAACUCGAUUCUCUUAAAUAGACCGACGCGUUUCGCUCCUUCUUUAUUAAUUAUUCUCAUCACUAAUCACAACAAUGAUAUUAAGCAGAGAUUUGAUCCGAUUAGAUAGCAGACUCCAAAUCCAAAACUGGUAACAGAAAUGAUUGAGGGGGGAAAUUCCAAACCGUCAUGUCAAUAUGUCAUCUUCAACGUGCAGUAGCCGGAAGACGAUCAAGCAGAAGAGAAUCUUGCCGCCGACGAAGCCGUAUUUUCUGAUUUGUCGUCUUCAUAUCUGCAACUUGCUUGCUUGCUUUCAUUUUAUUUGAUUAUAAUAAUAGUCUAAACAUGCCAGCUUGGACGCUCAGUAGGAAUAAUCAUCACUUAAGAAU